GUUUAGAACAUGUGAUAUUAAUUGUACAAAUAAAGCCAUAGAUUCACCUCGCUCUCUCCUCUCCUCCCUUUCAGCCGGACAAUCAUUGAUGCGUCAACGCGUGGCGACGUUAAAUUCCUUGAAGGAUUGGUAGAUUAGCUUCUGCUUCGGUAGACCUAGUGUGAUCUGCUCAUAUCUAGAUUUCUGUGUCUAGCCAAGGUUGGAAUCGUGGCUUGGAGGAGUUGCCCUGCAGACGCGAUGCAGUAGUGAUUUGCAGGCAGCCAUGGACAUGGAAGGAGAUGCGGCACUCCCCACGCCCUCGUCUCAACGCUCGCUCCAUUUUGUAGAGGUAGUUGGUCCCGAUGGAAAGAAGAAGCGGUUCGCAGCAGGAACACGAGCGGGUUUUGCGGUGGAUAGGUUCAACAAGCUGAACCCUAAUGACUCCAAGCCCGUUGUAUGCAUCCAAGCAUGCAAGGAUGGAGAGGAGCCCAUCGAGUACGGGCCUGACGUAGAGCUUCAUCUGCAUGAUGAGGCUUGGACAUUUCAGUGUGUUUCAGAGCAUGUCUUUCCCUUGCCUAACAACAACGUAAAGGCACGGACAGAAGUUACUCAAGCCGUUGAGAAAGAACUUUAUACGUAUAGUCAGACUCCUUGGGCGACCAAUGAAGGUAUAACCAAAACUCUUCUGGACAAAACGAUUUCGGCAGAUGGAGAAGUGUUACAUGGAACUACUGUUGUCCAAGGUUGGGAGGAGUUUUACCCUGGGGGAGUUUUACCUGAAGGUGGAAAGCAGGAAUGCACUCCUGAAUACUUUAUCAAGGUGCUUUUGAUGUUUGUGUGUAUAUUCGGCUUUGCUGGUGCUCUUGGCUAUUUCCUUGAAAGAAUGCCAGAAAUGGUACCGAAGUAUAACACUAUCGAGCCAUCAUAACUGUUAGCGUCCAUCAAGACAUACCUCCACAAUGUUACCUUGUAAUUUUCAUGUCACUCCCAAGCUUGCAUCUGUAGCCUUUGGUCCUCAGGUGUAGUUAUCUUUUUUAGUUGUUGUGUUCCUCAUCAAAAAUCACGCCAGUCACGGAGUGAUGUAUUUUGAAUACCUUUUUGUUCACUUUUAUGUUAGAAGUAUCCAAUCCUUCAUUUCUGGACAAUGUUACAACAAUACUGUAGAGCCUUCAAAGCAUGGCACAUGAACCAUUAAUUGGGGCCCUUUGUAUGAGAGAUUUUGAAGCCAGUGCUCCCGUUCAUAGUGCAAAUUCGAAUAAUGAGAACCUGUUUCUUUUUGUCUUCAGCUUCCA